UUAAGACAGGAGUGAUCGCUCCGCCAGCGACCGUUCCGCGGCAUUAUCGAGCUCCAAGACUACCAACACACAUGAGCUAGAUGGAAUUAUAACAAUGGAAUAUCACUGCGUUCUGUUUACUGUUUUGUUGCAGUUAAUCGUCCAACCAGCCAGGUCCACGCCCACUAUCACCCCCGAAGGACCCCAGCUCACAGUACCGCUGAACAGCGACUUCAGCUUGCAUUGUCAGAGCAACAGUUCAGUGCGCUGGCUCGAGAGAAGGCCGUCUACGCGGAUCCUAAAGGAACAAAGAGAGGGUCAAGUGACAGUUCUUACAGUGAACAGAGCAGGCCCACAUCACAUGGGGAGAUAUUCCUGUCGAGAGGAGAAGUCUGGUGAAAAAAGCUCCAUCUAUGUGUAUGUAAAAGAUCCUGAAAAUCCCUUCAGGAGGAACAUCAUGUUUGACUUUGUUGCGGGAGAAGGAGAAACAACCACGCUCCCGUGCUUGGCCACAGACCCAAACAUGACAGACUUGCACCUGCAAAAAUGUGACGGACAGCCCCUGCCCAACAGACUGCGCUAUUCUUCCAGUAUUGAGACGGGCAUAACACUGGAAAAUGUCAGGAAGGAUUUUGAGGGAUGUUACGUCUGUGUCGGGACUCUGGAAGGCAACACAGUUAAAUCCGGACAAUAUCAACUCAAUGUCCGCCUCGAACCUCCUGUUAUCACUCUGGGUCAGGCUCAGAGAGUGCUGCUCAUCCAGGGGAGGAGUCUCCUAUCCUGCAACACCUCAAAUGUCAACAGCGACAUCACAAUCAGGUGGAAGGCUCCUCAAGGAGUGCAACCAUCAGUGCUGCAGUUCUCGAGUAUCCUGACCGAACCCAUUUCUCACCUGAGGAAUGCCACCCUAAACCUGGGAUCUGUAACCAAGCAGGAUGCAGGAAGUUACAACUGCGAGGCCCGGAACGAAAGAGGGACCAGUGCAAAGACGGUCUGGGUCGAAGUCUAUGAUAAAGGCUUCAUUAAUCUAACAAGUGUGAAUAACAGCACUAAGAGAGUGCGGGCUGGGGAAAGCCUGUCCCUGCGUGUGGUAAUGGAUGCUUACCCGCAACCUCACACAUUCUCCUGGAGCUACAGUGGCGUAAAACUCACCAACACUACUGAUCAUGUCAUCACCAGUCGCUCACAUGGAAAUAGUUACACCAGCGAGCUGAAGCUAGUGCGUCUCAAGGUGUUAGAAAGCGGCGUUUACACCUUUUCAGGCUCAAACCGAGAUGCAACCGUCCACCAAACGUUCGAAGUCCAUGUCAUAAGUAAACCACAGAUUGUGUCUUAUGACGGGCCAACUGAUGGGCAGGUGCGCUGUGUGGCUGAAGGUUACCCUACUCCUCAGAUCAAGUGGUAUUACUGCGACCAGCCCCAUUCAAGAUGCUCAAAUUUGCUGAAUGCCACUCAGGAGGAGGAGGAUGUUGUCACUGUAACCAUGUCAAAUCCUCCCUUUGGAAAAGGCACAGUGGAAAGUCGACUCAACAUCACCAAGAACAGUUACGCCACCCUUGAAUGUGUGGCAUCUGCCAAUGGAGAAAUCGUUUACACUCUCUUCUCCAUCAGCGAAAACACUGUUCCUCAUGAACUCUUUACACCAUUGCUCAUCGGUUUUGUUGCUGCAGCUGUUAUCCUGGUUCUCAUCCUGAUUGUGCUGUCCUACAAGUACAUGCAGAAACCUAAAUAUCAAAUACAAUGGAAAGUUAUAGAAGGUAUCCAUGGGAAUAGCUAUGUGUAUAUUGACCCUACCCAGCUUCCAUAUGACCACCAGUGGGAGUUUCCCAGAGAUAAGCUGCGUUUUGGAAAAACCCUCGGAUCUGGAGCAUUUGGGAAGGUGGUGGAGGCCACUGCUUAUGGGAUGUCCAAAGCAGACACGGUGAUGACCGUAGCUGUGAAGAUGCUCAAACCAAGUGCCCAUGCCACUGAGAAAGAGGCUCUGAUGUCAGAGCUGAAGGUGCUCAGUUAUCUUGGCAACCAUAUUAACAUUGUCAACCUGCUAGGGGCCUGCACUAUUGGAGGUCCAACUCUAGUUAUAACGGAGUACUGCUGUUUUGGUGACCUGUUGAACUUCCUGCGCAGAAGGAGAGAAUCCUUCUACUUCACUACACUGGGGGAAGAUUCUUACUAUAGAAAUGUCACGCUACAGCCAGAACCAAAUGAGAACAGGAGUGGAUACAUGACCAUGAAGCCCUCUGUAAUGGGACUUCUGUCCUCUGAAAACAGAAGAUCACUUAAUAAAGGUGAUUCCUACAGCGAUUCAGAUGCAGUUAGUGAGAUUCUACAAGAAGAUGGCAUGACUUUGGACACUGAGGAUCUUCUCAGCUUCUCCUACCAAGUAGCCAAAGGGAUGGAUUUCCUGGCAUCCAAGAACUGUAUUCACAGAGACCUGGCAGCCAGAAACAUUCUCCUUACCCAAGGCCGGGUGGCCAAGAUCUGUGACUUUGGAUGCCGGGACAUCACUACUGACUCAAACUAUGUUGUUAAGGGCAAUGCUCGUCUCCCGGUGAAGUGGAUGUCCCCCGAGAGCAUCUUUGAGUGUGUAUACACCUUUGAGAGUGACGUCUGGUCUUAUGGUAUCCUGCUAUGGGAGAUCUUCUCGCUCGGCAGUAGUCCUUACCCAGGUAUGCCUGUGGACUCUAAAUUCUAUAAGAUGAUCAAAGAAGGAUACAGAAUGGAGACACCAGACUUUGCCCCAAGUGAAAUGUACGAGAUCAUGCACUCAUGCUGGGAUGCCGACCCCUUUAAGAGACCUUCAUUUUGCAAGAUAGUGGAGAAGAUCGAACAGCAAAUCUCAGACAGCACCAAACAUAUUUACUUAAACUUCAGCUCCAGAUUGCCUGCAGCACCAGGGUCCCGUGAGGAGUCCAGUUCUCACGUCCAGCGGUUAAACUCAGUCGGCAGCACCGCCACUCAGCCCCUGCUCUCCAGCAACGAUGUCUACUUGGAAGGAACAAGUCCACUUCACCCUCCGGUCUGAAGAUCAAUUCUGAGCAAAAUCCAGGUGUUCCGGCAGAUGCCAUUCAUCUUUGCCCUGGCUAAGCGUCAUUGUAGCUUUCAGACAUACACGAGGACAUCAUAAAUCUCUUUUUGGAUCCAAGAGCAGUCAUAAUCUUUCCAGUCAACUUUCUCGCAGAUUGUGUAUAUAAGCCCCCUGCCAGAAAGGACAGUGAUGGUGU